CUCCAUAAGAUCGGCGAGGGUGCCUGCGGCAGUGUCUGGUCGCAUAAGAUCAAUAUCCCGAGAGAUCAUAUGGAUUAUAUAAAAGCAACCAACGUCGCCUUUAAGCGAGGGGAUGGCUCACAAGGGCGGGCCCUGACGCAAGAGGCCCAGGUGUAUUGCGAUAUCGAGGAGCUGUCGAGGUACUGCCCCAAGGAAAUUUGGAGGCAAUUUCAGAUUCCCAAAUUUUACGCCUACCUGGACGCCAAUUCAGGGAGCAGUUCUUAUGGGCCAUUGACAUACAACAACAACAUGGACGAUCUCGUCUCGACUCCCCUCGGCCUGGAGUCCUGCAACACGCUGGCCAUGGAGCGAAUCCCGUCACUGGGAAGACCCGUCCAGCACAUGCUCUGGCGCGUCUGCACACCGGCGGCCGCGAGGAUGAUGGCUGCAAGUCAAUUCACCGAAGUAAACCUCCUCAUUCGACCGUACAUGGGUUGCCGCCGCCCCAACCACCACAACGCCCAUUUUAACAUGCGAGACUUUAUAUUGACACUCACCCAGCUGGAGUUCCUCAUGCUGGAGCCGGACAACUACAUCAAGUCUAUGGCGAAGGGUCUCGCGUUUCUGAAUUUCGGGGCGCAAUACGACGGCAAAAACAUUGACUGGGCGAUAGCUUGUCCGCGAGCUAGCUCGUGUCACCCAGAAUUCGACCACACCCUCUGGAUGCUCGACUUCAACAACUGCCAGCCCAUGAGCAUGAAUGAGGCGGGCGUGUGGAAGGUAGCCAAGGCUUUUUGGCACAAUAAACCCUAUUAUCCCCGACCUGGAAAGGGGCGUGCCGAUGACGAGAAGCUGUGGCAGCUGUUCAGGAAGACGUAUGUCGACGCGGCGCAGGAAAUUAUUGUCGCACGUCACGAUAAUGCUGAGCGGAUGGAGAGA